AACGAUUUGAAGCUAACCCUUACUCCUCCGGCGGGACGACUUUCUUACUCAAAGGCUGGGUUAUGCAAACUUCAACAUAAUUGGAACAAUAUGAGUGGAACAGGAGAUGGGGCUGCAUACAACUCGAACCCAGAUAUCGCAACACAGGACAGUCGCGAGCAUCGGCCACCCGUGAGACGUCGAAAGACGCGGCUAGCGUGUAACAAUUGCCGCAAUCAUAAGACACGAUGCGAUGGGCGUACACCAGCUUGCUCCAGAUGUGCAAACAGAGGUCUAGGUCAAAGCUGUAUCUAUGAGAAGGGCUCGCUCAGGACCCAGAGGUUUUCAUGGUUGUGCUUAUUUUCGAUUGAUUAUAUAGCUGAUACUCGCAGAUACGUUUUGACCUUGGAAGAUCGUGUAAGAGAGCUCCAAAGGAGCAACCAGCGCGGGUCUCAUCGAAGAUCGGGCGGAGACAUAUACGCGGAUCUAACUCCUGGAAGAAGAUUGGAUCCCAACAGCUCCAGCAAUGUUGUAGAUCAUCUGGUCGUUUCUACACCUCCACCGUCAGACCGAUAUCUUGACACCCAGCUUUUGGCACAACAAGAUGCAUUGCCAACAUCCCAGAACGACUUCAUCUGCACUGAUGCAACGGUAAUCGUGCCGUCGCCAGAGACCGACUCAGCGUAUGCUUCUGGAACUUCGUCAGUGAUGGGUCUCGUCCAGUCGAUGAUGCGAGCAGCCGGAACAAGCAAUCAGAGCAACCAUGCACCUCGGUUGGAUUUUGGCCAAAAUAUGGAAUCUUCGUCCGGAUCAAAGCGUGUCCGAAGGACGCCGGGGGAUUCUCAUGAUGUGGAUAUAGACCUCCCUUCGUUACCACCACGACGCGUGGCCGAUAACUUGAUGAACUGCUUCUGGAAUUCCACACAUCCAAUAUUCCCUAUACUUCACAAGCCAACGUUCGUCGCUUCCUAUGAACUUUUGUGGGCGCCUGACGACGAUCAAGCCUCCUUGCCCGAAUCUGGAGCAACAGAGGACCCUAUAUUCCUGGCAUCAUUGAAUGCUGUAUUUGCCAUCGGCUGUCACUUUAGUGACAUAGUGGCUCCCGCCAAAAGGGCAACUUUGGCGGAUCAGUUCUACCAAAAAUCUAGGAAGUUCUACCAAGUUGAUGUUUUGGAUUUUGCGUCACUUUCUACUGUGCAGAUGCUCCUUCUCACUGGCCUCUAUCUCCAAUCGACAAAAUACGCAAGCCGAUGCUGGAAUAUAUUUGGCCUAGCAAUAAGAAGCGCGUAUGAUAUCGGUCUUCACAUCGACAGUCCAAUAUCGGCCUCAAGGGGACCACUUGAGCGAGAAAUGAGACGCAGAGUAUGGCAUAACUGUGUAGUAAUUGACAGAUUACUUGGGCUUACCUUCGGUCGCCCAAGCAUGAUAUCCAAAAAAUCGAGCGUUCCGGCCCCGUUAAUGGUCGACGAUGCAUACUUACUGGAAAGUGGCGAAGAAAACCAGUUGAGGCAACUUCAAUGUCGCGACGGGUUCUUCAUAUAUUCUAUCCAACUCUUCGACAUCUUGGACGACAUCAUCUCGAAGGUGUAUGACCAUAACGGGGUUGCAACAGCUUCGAAUGUCAAUGGCAUUUGGGGUUCUAGGCAGCGCCUGGAAGACAUCUUAAAGCUUAACUCCGCCCUAGAUGACCUAGACGCGUCCCUUCCGAGUAAUCUCGGAUCUGGUUGUACGACCGAAGUUGACAGAGACUUGAGGAACACUGGGGGAAAUCUGCAAGCUAGGGUGUUCUAUUCCAGGUUUCUAUAUAUUCGGAUUUUGCUCUUAAGACCCGUUCUCCUUUCUGCGGCACAAAAUCGAAACACCCUUUCAGAGUGUGCGGGUAAUCGGAAAAAUCUUAGGUUGGAGGACAGCUUUGCACUGGAUGCCUGCAGAUUAUGUGUGUCGACGGUUCACACCCUUAUAGCGCAUCUUGACGAAAGUCUCGCGGACGUUUCCAGAAGCCCGGGCUGGCGAAUAGUUCAUUAUGCAUUCGUCUGCGCCAUAGUACUUCUUAUCUCUCGUCUAUGCCCUAUCCCUGGUACUGAGUUCAGCAGCUCCUCACUUGAAGACUCCGUGUCUCGGUGCAUUAUGAUACUUGAACAUCAUAGCGUGCAAGUUCAAUCUGCCACUCAGGCUAUGAAAGUCAUUGAAGCACUGCAAUGCCGUGUUGCAGCCAUGAAUGAAAGUGCCAAUGAAGGAGUGAACUCCAAUAACCUGUCAAGCCAAGACGACAACAUAUUAAACCUGAAUUCGCCUAAUGGUUUUUCUCAAUUCCAUGGAGACGCUACAAAUCUUCUGAGCGAAACUUGGCUUGCGGAGCAUGUUGGGGACAUGAACUGUUGGAAUAUUUUUUGACACCUUCGUUAUUUGGAUUGAAGGAAGGCGCUGAUGAUAUACGCCGAGCUUACGCUCAGGCAGCUUUCGUGGGCCACAACAGCGGAAGAUCGUGGACCAUCCAAUAUUAAGAAUCGAGUAUUAUAACUGAUUUUCCAAUAUUACUGCAUCCAACUUGUUUACCGUAUAUGAGGCGCAUUCGCACACAGUACGUGAAGAGGU